AUGACUGACAUUGCUCAGAGAAACAGGAACGAAAUCACCCGCUCAGAGAGUCGCACCUCCAGCGAAGAACCUGUUGUCAAGCGUCGAAGAGUUCAUCGUACUCCCACAGCAUCGAACACUCCACAGCCGCCAGUCGCAUCGAUCCGCCACGAAAGAGACGGCUUUGACUUUAGGAGACCAGUCAUGUCGAAUCCAAGUCCAGCUUUGAUUGACCUCACUGGGGAUGAUGACGACGAAGAUAGGCUUUCCGAGGUACUGGGCUUCAACCAAGAGCAGGAUGUGUUUCCCGAUGAUAUUCCGGAAUCCUACGUUCGCGAUCAUCGAACCCCUGGCGACAUAGACGAGGCUACCCUCCCACCACCGCCGCCUAGAUCACGACCGUACAUUAUCGAUGUUUCAGACGAUGAUGAGUAUCAACCGGAGGGCGCAGGGUCGCGGCCGAAUGCAGAAGUAAGGCGUGCGUCGACUAGCUCCGAUAUUGUCUUUGUUGGCGAGCGGAUUGCCACACCUCCCAUCAACCCCACACCGAACAACCGUCGUCCGUCACUACGAGAUCGUCCUCCGACUCCCGGGCCUCACCGCCAGCGCCGGCCUCGCAACAUGGCUGCCCCGCCUCCGCUGCCCGGUCUUGGCGGCCUGCCCGAUCUCAUUCGCAGAAGUACACAUGCGCUUCUGGGGGGGUUUGCACCGCCAUUUCUGCAGCCAAAUCCCAACGCAGUUGCCAAUAACGCCAACUUCGACAACGACGACUUUGAGAUUGUUCAAUUUGAUUACGGUCAAGCAGCAUUCCCAAUGGGCGACCGAUCGUCCGAAACGCCCCAGGCGACCCCAGGUGAGGCUUAUAAGGCUCCACCACCGGUACCAGAAGGUUUCGCCGGCGAUGUAGAGGAGGACGGCAUCUACAUCUGCCCGCGUUGCGACGAAGAAUUGGCUACGGGGGACACCGAAGAGAAGCAGCAGGUGUGGGUGGUCAAGCAGUGUGGCCAUGUCUACUGUGGUGGCUGUGCUCGUCAGCGAGUACUCCGGAAUGGCACCAAGAAGGACAAGAAACAGUCAGCGAAAGAUGGCACUCUUGCUUUCAAAAUUUGUGCUGUCGAGGAUUGCCACGAGAAGGUGGACACGAAGGGUGCAAUGAUUCAGGUAUACCUGUAA